CCGAAACAGUCCACCCGGUCAACGGCCAUCGCGGUCAACCUCAUGGUCUUCGCACCAUUUGCAUGGUUAUGGAAGCCUGUCGUUGGCAGUGAAGCUGAAGGCCACCAACGGUUCGAACUCAGCGAAAGGGAAGAUAAGACUGCGAGCUCUCUGCGCACAAAUUCUUUUGGACUUCCGAACCGACCCGUCGGCCUACCACCACCCAUCACUCAGGCGAAGAGGAGCAGACGAUUACCAGGUCAUACAGAGGACGACAUUGACCCUGGGAGCCCAUUAUGGAGGAGAUUUACGAACAGCCUGUCCAAUUCCAGAUUCAACUUUAAUAGGACAUCCAGUUCAGAAGCGACCAAAGUUCAGGGAGUUGACGAAGAAGAAUAUCACAAAUCUUUGGACGAUAUUCAUUGCGCGCUCGACUACGGGAGCGACGAGAUUGAUGAGGUUGUUGUGGAUCGGCAGUGGUCGCAGCCGACGUCAGUGCAGUCCUCUGCGGCCAGUGUCACGUCCAGUUUCUAUUCAGCGCGAAAAAGUGAAAAUGAAGGCGAAUGCGAUCCUUGGUUAUCAACAUAUAAUCCUGCAAGUUUUAUACGAUGGCGAAUAUGGCGUUGGAUUCUACACUUUUUCUCACCACAAUUCGACGAUAAACGCGUGGAGACCGAGUAUCUGAGGGAGGACUGGUUACAAUCCAAAAGGCUGGCCCUUGUCGCUUCAAUCUUCUUCAUCGUGAAUUGGAUAUUGGGAGUUACAUUAAUUCAGACUCCAGUUGUUCUAGGAGAUCAGAUCUAUUACUAUGGAAUAGCGCCGGUCUUGUCUGUUCCACUGGUAAUCCUCUGUGCCUACAACUGGCCGCGAGAUCAUUCAGCAUUUUUCCAAUGUUUUCUGUGCAUCUCUGCUUGGUCAUGGUCAUUUUAUCAAGUCAUCUUUGCAUGGUUAUGUGGUUAUGCACCGGGCGGAGAACGUAUCUUCACUUGUGGCACGAAGGACUUUCUCGCAACGUUUUAUUAUACAGCUGCCUUGCAGACUGUUGCUCUUUUUGGAACAAACCUCAAGAGACUUCCCGCUCUCGUUGGCGCGGUUUCGUUCUUGAUACUAUCCGCUACUUUGAUUAUGCCUUCAAGGGACAACUGGUAUCGCUACGUCGUCAACUUCAUAGUGUUCCAAGGUUUUACUCUCUACGUGCAUUACAAGCACGAAAUGAACUACCGCCGAGGCUUUGAGCUGAGGCUCGAGUUGGCGGACCAGGUCGAAAGGACACGGAAGGCUCAAGUUAACGAACGAAAGGCGGCUGAUUCAAAAUACCGUCUCACCUCGUACGUUUUUCAUGAGGUUAGAGUCCCGCUGAACACCGCAUUACUUGCUGUCCAAAAUAUGUCCGCUUCUGGAACUAUCGCGAAAAGCCAAGAGGUUGAAUUUAACGCACUUGAAGGUAGUUUGAGCAUGAUGUCUAAAGUGUUGAAUGAUGUUCUGGAUUUUAACCGGAUGGAUAGUGGGAAGUUCGAAUCUUUGGCUCGACCAUAUGCAUUCCAUCAAGUGAUGCGUUCAAUGCUUAUUCCUCUUCGACUGGCCACUAAUGCCCGUAAUUUGGAAUUGGUUACCGACCUUGAUUUCAAUAUCGAUGAGGUCGCUCGUCGUGCCGCCUACGAGUUCAUGGGGCAAACCCCGGAGACUAUUGAUAGACACCUGAAGGAACAGCCUAGUGGCGAGGAACAAUGGGGAAUGGUAGUCGGUGACGAGACACGUCUUCGGCAGGUCGUCACUAAUCUCGCCAGCAAUGCUUGCAAAUUCACCCCCGCGGGUGGCAGACUCACUAUCUCUACCCGGUUAAUACAGCGCGAUCCGCGCACAGUGAGUGGUGAAAACUCGACCAGGAAUCGAUUGUUAUCCGAUUGUCAUGACGCGGAAAACGAAACCGCGGAUAAUACGCCACAGAGACUCACAAUGGACAAUGUCUCACGACAUAGUAAUCCGUCUGGUCCAACGGAGCGUAUCGUCGUUCGUAUUGAGGUCACCGACACAGGAUCAGGUUUACGACCGCAAGACAUGACGCAGUCGAAGUUGUUCUCUGCCUUUAACCAAACUGAACAAGGUCGUCAACAAGGCGGAAAAGGUACCGGCCUCGGACUGGCUCUUGUGCGUCUGAUUGUCAAACUCAGUGGUGGGCGCUUGGGUGUCCGUUCAAAGCUUGGUCAGGGGUCCACAUUCUGGGUUGAGCUUCCACUCGGAGUCGGUGCCAAAGCUGUGUUACCGCCGGAUGAGACCACCGCGUUCGAAGGUGGUCCGGCGAACCCGACGAGGGAGGCUGCCUUCAUUGAACUCCGCAAGGUAGCUAGCCGAGCCAGUCGGACUGGAGUGUCGGUGAGCAACAGUGUUGCAGAACUCGUCGAUGCAGCUACGAAGGCCCGAGCCACGGAGCCUCCAACCAUCUCAUUGCGGUCAAGUUCAGCUUUACAUACUCUAAUGGACCAAGGUGGAAGCGUUGAAUUGAACCUUGCCAGGUACGACUCCCGCUCUCGUGUCAUUGGCGAUCCGUCGACCGGCACCGACGUCCCCCUCAACGACCUCACUUACUACCCCACCCGACAUUACGAGAACAAUUCUUCAUGCGCAACUUCUAUUCCACAAUCUCCGCCUGAACCCCCCGCCUCCGCGCAAGUCCCAGUGUUUCCUUGCACCACAACACCUUCACCUCUAUCUUUACCUCAUACACCUGAGUCGACAUCAUCACGGCCACCUUCACCACCCCUACCACAGACGAGGGCGUCAUCUACCAAGCGACCACGACCACAUCAUGUCUCUCUACCUAGCAGUUCGACGAUGCCACUCACCGAACCUUCCUCAACACCCACGUCCACUUUGACUGGCUCUCCACUGAGAACACCGUCUGUAACGUUUGAACCUUUGAACGUGUUGGUCGUAGAUGAUGAUCCUCUUACGCGGAUGUUGAUGAGAAGACUACUGGAAAGGUUAGGGUGUAAUGUAACGACUGCUGAGAACGGUAAUACGGCACUCGGGAUUCUGUUGAACGAGGAUGAGAGCGAUGGAUGGGACGGGACAUCAUCUGGAUCCCGUACCGAGUUCUCAUGCAUCUUCUUGGAUAACCAGAUGCCGGUCAUGUCUGGUCUGAAGACCGUUGCCAAGUUACGCGAGCUUCGAGGGAGACGAGAUUUUGUCGUCGGAGUUACAGGAAACGCGUUAAUCACAGACCAGAAGGAAUAUCUCGACGCGGGAGCUGACCAUGUCCUAACAAAGCCUGUCUUGGAACGAAGUUUGAAGAGUAUGCUGCAUUUAGCCGACGAGCGUCGCAGAAAUUGUCUUCAAUCUGUUCAUGAACAUUGACCAUACUAACUCUAUCUUAUAGCUUUUGUUUCAGCUUGUACCGGCUUUGCUUUGUUAUCACCAGCUCAUCUGAUCAUGCAUCUAUGUACAUUAUUCCGCAUCACGCUUUGUCCAAAUCCUAGACUAAAACUUACACUAGCUGCAGCUUCGGCUCGCCAGAAUCUCAGAAUUUAGUUGUACAUCCAAAAAAGUACGCUGAAACUCCCAAGACGCCG